AGAAAAGGUAGCCUGUUCCCCACGUCUCAGAGCAGACGAGCGCUGACGAAGCAGCCUUGCCGUGAAGAAUGGGUUCAAAGGUCCAAGAGCCGAGCCUGGAUGCCUCCCGCGCUGACCCAGCGGAGGAGAGGGAUCCAUCCAGCAGCAUCAGGGCCGAGCGUCAGGAUUUGGACAGAGAUGAGCCCGAGGCGGCUGGUGACUGUGCAGAAGGCGGAGGAGCUGAACAUUCAGAGAUGCCACCGCAGCCUGCCGAUCAGUGUCAGGCCGUGGCAAGCUUGCAAGUGAAACAGGAAGAAGAGUCAGAGACUGAGGCCUCCUUGGCGCCCUCUUCCUCGAAGGUCAUUGUGCCAGCUCCCAUGCCCCCUGCAGCCGAAGGGAAGGGGUCAAAGAGGAUGAUGGAGGACGAUACCGAAGCCUUUAAAGAAAUGCCCGACGUCUGCCAGGAUGCUCGGGAGCCGGGGAGAGCGAUGCUCCUGCCUGACCUCUUUGGGGAUGCCCAGCAGGCUCACGGCAGCCUGGAGGCCGGCAGGGCCGGAGGCUGUGGCAAAGUCGAGCAGGCCAUCCCUUGCCUUUCCAACAUGGGCUCGGAGAACCAGCGGAAACGCUUCCGGGGCUUUGCGUACAAAGAGACUGAAGGCCCCCAGGUGGCUUACGAGCGGCUGCAGGAGCUUUUGUUCCAGUGGCUGCAGCCGGAGGCCCGGAGCAAGGAGGAGAUCGUGGAGCAGCUGGUUCUGGAGCAGUUCCUGAACCUCUUGCCGGAGGAUGUGCAGCGCUGGGUCCGGGAGCGUCACCCGGAAAACGGGGAUGAGGCUGUGGCCCUGGCGGAAGACUACCAGUUCCUGCACCCCGAACCUGGGAGGCGGCCCUACCCCGAAAGGGCAAGGCAGAGGGCUUCGGCGAGAAGUUGGCUCCGCUGAAGUCUCUUGAGCGGAUGAGCAGGACUGGUUAUCAACUUGAGAGAAUCAAAGACCUAGUUUAUCUACCAUGCCAGAAAGGAACCUAGAUCGGCCAGAAGAAACGGAAAGCCAGAAACCACAACACAUGUUUACUGAGCAUGAGAAGGACUUUACUGCCGGAAAGCUCCUGCCUUGGAGGAAACCUACACCUCAUCUUAACAUUUGUCAGUCUCUUAAGGGUGGGCAGGGAAGGGGGGGGUAAUCAACAAAACCAUGCUCGGUACUUCUUCCAUCCUACCAAUGGCCUGCUUGCCAGUGGCACAUGGAUAGGCAGGAGCAAGGACCGAGCAUGUUGGGGGGGUGGGGUGGAUAGUGGGAUUGAGAAGAUGAAUGUACAGUGUGCAUGCGUAUCCGGCAAGGAGGCGAAAAGAGUGUUCUUCAGAAGCAGCAAGAGCCAUCGAGACUUAAGAUCGGUCUCCCUGGCCUCCAAAUCAGAUUUCUUUCAGGUCCUCCUGCAAGAUCAUUUCCUGUCUCUCCCCUGCCCUCAAAUAGGCAAGCUCCCAUUGUCCUGCCCAUUGGCUUGUGUAUGACGGCCAGGAUGAGGUCAGCCUCGGAAUCCCCCCCCCUUUCCCUGUUUCCUGGGAACAGAAAUGGAAUAUGGCCUAUCCUCUUCUCUGGGGGGGAGGGGGGUAUGGAAAUUGAUGCAUGCUACAAGAGAAGCCCUGAGAAGUGACGACGUGCACUCCCAAUCCCCAGACUCUCUGGGAGGAGAGGUAGCGGUGUCCUCUGUGACCACUGCAGAAGGUCAGGGUCUUGCCCUGGCUUUGUGAUAGGAAUCAGCUCAGGCCAGCUUUGUCCACAGCAGCUGCAGCAUGGUGGUAGCUGAAGCCAUUUCACACAGGCCCUGCUCAGCUACCCUAACACAAACAAUGUGUUCCCCAUGUGUUGUUCUGCCUGAUCUUAUAGGAAGUCCCUUAUGCUGCUUCCUUGAAACUGCUGGCAUGGAUGUUAACCAUGUGAUUCAACUAACCCAGGUGGGAAACCAAUUCCACAAUACGAGGUUCCACUGGCCAGGUCAUAGUUAUAGUGCACAAAGCCAACCUGUGAGCAAUCUCUUCUUGCUAGCCAGAAGGCCUUUCCCCGGGCCCAAGUUUGAAAGCCCACCCAGCAAUUCCACCACAGGCUACAAUUUUUCUUAAUGACAGUUGCCACCGAUUAAACAAGUUGCCGAUGUUGUGAAGAAGAUCUGGAGCCCGAAGUUCUAAUAUGUGAGCCAAAACAGUUGAUGGCUGAGCCCUUUGUUGGCUGGAACGCAAGAUGUCUUUUAGAUCACUUAAGACUUUUUUCUCCCUUUCUGAGCAACAGCCCAGGAAGCAAGAAAAAAGCGCACACACACCCCGAAGUUACAGCCUUUAAAUAGAAGCUGUGUUUCCCCAUUUGUGGGUACUAAGUUUUUGAAUCUCUUCAAAUGUCCUGAUUGUGAUAUAGCUUAAGCUUGUUAUCAGCUGGUUGAGUUUUUAGCCUUGCUUUCUUUGUGUAAAUUUCCAGUGUGUGUAUGUAUCUGUUCACUAUAUAGAAUUAAAGGAUCUUCUUCCCACAUACAGUUACCUAAAUUGGUAGUCUCCUAAUUAACUGGGGGAAAUUAGCUUAAUAGAAACAAGCAAAGGGGGUAACGGGGAUCUCCACCAAUGUAUACCAGGAUUUUCCCUGAGA